UCAUUGAAAAACACCUGAAAGAAAAAAAAAAAAAACUUAGGAUAAUGACAGGGUUUGGAUCUUCAUGUGGAGCAUGCAAGUUCCUAAGGAGAAAGUGUGGUAGUGGUUGUGUUUUUGCUCCUUACUUCUCUUAUGACCAAGCAGCAACACAUUUUGCAGCGGUUCAUAAGAUCUAUGGUGCUAGUAAUGUGUCAAGGCUAUUGUCACAUCUUCCAAUCCUUAAUAGAAGUGAUGCUGCCAUCACUAUCACUUAUGAAGCUCUUGCUCGCAUGCAAGAUCCUAUUUAUGGUUGUGUUUCUCAUAUCUAUGCAUUGCAGCAACAGGUUGCAAGUUUGCAAGAGGAGAUAGAUAUUAUUGGGAGUCUAAUGACAAAUUCUACAAUUGGUGCUACCAAUUGUGGCAUAAAUAAUGUUGAAGCACCAAUAACAAAAAUGGAGUACUCGAACUGUGGAAUACAAUACCCUAUGCAAGAUGAUGAUGAUCAUCAAUGUUAUCAAAAUGAAAUGGCCAAUAAUAUUCUUUCUCAAGAAGGAAGUGUGACACCCCGCCAAGGCUAUGGCUCACACAUGGAUAUAGAGCUUCCAAAUAAUGAUGGAAAUGGGUUUGAAGGGCCAAUUGUAUUUUAUGACCAUCCCAACUUCAAUAAUAAUAAUCCAUUAGAGAAGUUCCUAUCUGGAAUUGAUCAAGAGGGAUUCAUGAACCACCCGUGAUUAAAGCAUAAUAAUGCAAUCAUAAAGAACUAGGCUUAUAGAAUUGUCAUAUGUGACUU